GCAAGCAUGAUGGAUAAAUCUAAAAACUUCCGCAUAGAUGCUUUGCUGUCUGUCGAGACUCACAGGUCCGUUCCUAACGCUUCCUCUCCGGGUCUGAACGGAGACAGACCCGCGGGGAGCCCCGGCACCUGCCUCCGGACAGAGACGCCGUCUCCCGGGUCUAUGGUGCAGCUACAAGCAGCAAUCAUUCCAAAACCAGGUCUGCUGAACCUGCCGCACCAGGGACUUACAUCAUUUCAACACGGUGCCAUAUCUGCCAUGUACCCGGCGCCAAUGUAUCCGAUCUCCGCACUUGCAGCCCAGCAUCCCGCUUUUGCCUACACCGGCUUCCCGCACCUGGGGCAGCCCCACCCGGAGCACCUGAAGGCGGCUGCGGCGGCUGCUGCUGCUGGAUCCUUCCCACUGGAGCACUGGAUCCGGGCAGGAAUCAUGGUACCCAGACUGCCGGACUACAACUCAGCCCCGCAGUCUGGCCUGAUGGGGAAGUGUCGCCGGCCCCGCACCGCCUUCACCAGCCAGCAGCUCCUGGAGCUGGAGAACCAGUUCAAACUCAACAAGUACCUGUCUCGACCCAAGCGCUUCGAAGUGGCCACCUCGCUGAUGCUCACCGAGACACAGGUGAAGAUCUGGUUCCAGAACCGACGGAUGAAGUGGAAGAGGAGCCGGAAAGCCAAGGAGCAAGCAGCGCAGGCCGAAGCUGAAAAGCAGAGAGGGGGGAAGCUCACGGACAAGCUGCUGCCUGGAGAGAUCCGGCCCAGUGUGGGGGGAGACGAGGAGGAUGAGGAAGAUGAAGAGGAAGAGGAAGAUGAAGCCCACUCGCACCCCACAAACUACCUGCAGCAUGCCUCUGAUCUCAGCUACAGCCCCCACAGCUCCUGCUCUGAGGACGAGCUCGGCAUGACUGACAGGAAAAUCAGAGCUGGCUUGUGAAGAAACCCCAUUGAAGAGACUGGGGAUUUAUUUAUAUGGGGAGGGGCUCAAUGUGGAGGGUACUGUUUUGCAAUUGCUUUAUUUAAAAUGGGGGGCAUAGCUCAGAGGAAAGAGCUUCUGGACUGCCCCACUGUCGGGUUACCAUUAUUUAUAAGUGUGAGUUAGUGUGUGAAUGAAUCAAGGUGUCACAGUGGGUUAAAGCCCCAGACUAUAUAUACUAAUAUAAGUAAACCAGUAGUAGAAUAUCAUGCUCCUUCCUAAUUCUGAAAGUGCAGCACCUGAACAGAUAUAAUAUAUCAAAAUCACAAAAUUUCCAUGGUUAUACUUUUACUUCAUUGAAUGCUGCCAGGUAGUUACUGGCGAUUAGGGUUUAAAACCGCAGACAUUUGGGGAUCAGUUGGCUGAACUUUUAUAUGUUCAAGAUCAGAUAACCCCAAGUAUAAAAACACCAGCAAAACGAGUC